AUGUUCCGCACAGCCAGGACAGCAGUGGCCCGUCUGCCGCUGAGCAGGGCGUACUCCAGCUCCGCACAACCUCGUCACUUGAUGUCCAUUAAUGAUCUGACCCCAGCCGAGUUCACCAAGCUCAUCCGCAACGCCAAGGCCCACAAGACAGAGGUUGCACAAGAUGACAAGCUCAGUGUGCUGGGCGGCGCCCUCACGGGCAAGACGGUCGCCAUGAUGUUCAGCAAGAGGAGUACCCGGACCCGCGUCUCAACCGAGGGCGCAAUUGCUCUCAUGGGCGGUCACCCCAUGUUUCUGGGCAAGGACGACAUCCAGCUUGGUGUCAAUGAGUCACUCUACGACACCUCGGUGGUGAUCUCCUCCAUGGUCUCGGCCAUGGUCGCCCGCGUCGGGCCACAUUCGGACAUCACCGGCCUGGCAAAGGACUCGAGCGUCCCUGUCAUCAAUGCCCUGUCCGACGACUUCCACCCGCUUCAGACCAUUGCGGACUUCCUCACUAUCCACGAGGCCUUCCCGUCCUCCUCUUCCGGCCCGGCAAGUCUGGGCCUUGAGGGCUUAAGGGUCGCCUGGAUCGGCGACUCGAACAACGUCCUGUUCGACCUCGCGUCCGCCUGCGUCAAGCUGGGCGUCGACAUCUCCGUAGCCUCGCCCGCUGGCUACGGGAUCCCCGAGCCCAUGAAGAAGCAUAUACUAUCUGCUGCUCAAGGUGUCUCCAGCCCCGGGAAGUUGUCGGAGACCACGGUCCCCGAGGAAGCAGCCAAGAAUGCGGACAUCCUGGUGACCGACACCUGGGUGUCCAUGGGACAGGAACAGGAGGCGCAGAAGCGGCUGAAGGCCUUUACAGGGUUCCAGAUCACCAAUGACCUGGCCAAGAGGGGAGGCGCGAAGGAGGGCUGGAAGUUCAUGCAUUGUCUGCCGCGACACCCUGAAGAGGUCCAUGACGAGGUCUUCUACAGUGACCGAUCAUUGGUCUUCCCGGAGGCUCAAAAUCGAUUGUGGGCUGCUGUUGCUGCACUUGAGGCCUUCGUGACCAACAAGGGCCGCAUUAUCUGA